GACGAAGGCGGAGGGCGGCACGGAGCGGCGUUCCCUGCAGCCGCGGACCAAGGCGGCGGUGGCGGCGGCGGCACCUGCCGGUCGAGCGUUUGAAUGAUGCGUGAGUGUGUUGUGUGGCAGUAGUGGUGACAAGAGGAAGGCAUCCAGGACUGUAGACCCUCCUCUCACCUCCAGAGCCUCUUCCUGUUUGGUUCCACUUUCCUAAAAGUAGCAGAAGAGAGUCAUCUGAUGUCCCAGUCCGUGUCCAGCAGGAAACCAGAAACCAUAGAGAUAUGAAAGGCUGCCUUUGCCUUCCAGUUUUCCACGCAGACGGCGCACAAUCACAGUUCCUCAGGAAGCUGGGUGGCACAAGAGAGAGUCUGGGAAUGCAGUGUGCAGGCUUGCAGCCUGAGUGGCAGAGCAGAUGAGAAAGAGGGGGCAGAGUAGAGCCCAGAGCCCACAGCUCCAUCCAGCGCGCCAGCCAUGGGCAAGGCAAUGACAAGCAAGUACAACCGUGUGAAGCUGAAAAGCGAUUGCUCGCGGCCCUCUCUGCAAUGGUACACUUGUGCUCAGAACAAGAUGAGAAGACCCAGCUUGUUGUUAAAAGACAUCCUCAAGUGUACAUUGCUUGUGUUUGGAGUGUGGAUCCUUUAUAUCCUCAAGUUAAAUUAUACUACUGAAGAAUGUGACAUGAAAAAAAUGCAUUAUGUGGACCCCAACCGCAUAAAGAUGUUGGCCGACCCAGUUCAUCUCAGCGGCAUUAGCCCCUCUGCUCUGCUGGAGCAGGACGUGGUCCCGCAUCAUCCGCUCGGGCUUUCCCUCCUGAACGGCUGGCCUUGCAGACAUUCCCAAAUCCCUUUCAAUUCCAAGGCCUUCCACAGCUCGCUUGGAUAAACUUUGCAGACAUCCUGUCUCUGUUUUUUGUCUCCUGGAAAAACCCUGAAAUGCUGACACGUGAUACUGUGAUACACGAUUACUGGUAUCUGUGAACUCGUCCCUUUGCUACACUUCUCCACAUUCUCUGUGUGUCCCCUCUGUCCUGUCCAUUUCAUUCAUCAGGCCGUUGACCUUCUGACCAACAACGGAGAUCAUUGCUCUCGAGUCUGGGUUGAUUGAGGAGAGAUGUGAGCUCUCUGUGCAAGAGUAGAGCACGGUGUGUACUUGUGAGAUGGAUGGAGAAGAUGUGGUUUGGUAACACCUUGGGUGAAAUCAACUUAGUGGUUU